AUGGUUGCCUACAAUCCUGUCUUGCGCGGAAAAUGGACUGUCAAAAAGUUCAAUGCCACCGUCAUUAACGACAUAUGGCCCGAAGUGCUGUUUUUCACUGCCGUUGCUACGAUGGUGACCUUCGUGUCCAUUAAAACGCCUCACUCGUUGGCCAUUUCUCCCCAACUGUUGACUGUACUGGGUACAGUCCUCGGUCUGGUCAUUUCAUUCCGUACAUCGACUGCCUAUGAAAGGUACCAAGACGGAAGAAAGAUGUGGGCAAACAUCUCCAUCGUGUCAAGGAAUCUAGCUCAGAUGAUCUGGAUACACGUUCCGAAUGAACGACUGGACAAGGGGCAGAACAAAGUGCAGACUACUUUGGAGAGUGUCAUCGAGAAAAAGACCAUGAUCAACUUGGUGCAAGCCUUUUCCGUCGCAAUCAAGCACUUUCUCCGAGGCGAGAACGGCGUCUAUUAUCAAGACCUCUAUCCUCUCAUCUGCUUCUUACCACGAUUUGCAUCUACUACGGCCACUGGAACCAGUUCGGAGAUGCUUCCUCUCUGGCAGGCUUCCGAAGACGGAGAGCAUCCUUAUGACCAUAAUGUCCACUCCACCAUUCCUGAGCCCUCUGGUGACGAUACACCGGAAUCUAAAGACCGUCCUAGUCUCUCUCCAGCUCCAUCAUCAUCAUGGCUCCAGUCCCUCGGCAAGCGGUCUACAAAAUCUAAAACGAAGGCGUUCGAUCCCGAAAAAGCUCUGGCCUCUGUCCAUAGUCACCGACCUCUCAAGCCUGCGCGGAAUCCCCCCAAAGUGACGCUCUAUGACUAUAUUCCGAUACUCCUUUUCUUCAAGUGGAUCGCCAAGAUAUUCUCUCGCAGAAUCGACAGCGUAAGAGGUGCCACGAGGAACGCUUUAGGAAGGAAAAUCAAGCCGCAGCUCCAAGAAAGCAAUGUUCCUCUAGAGAUCACGAUUUACCUGUCUACCUACUCGGCUUUCCUUAUGCGCAAUGGCCUUCUCCAACCUGCCAUUGCGGCUGCUAUCACGAACAACAUCGGCAUGCUCCAGGACACGAUGAACAACCUGGGACGAAUCGCGACGACACCGCUUCCAUUUGCAUACCAGGCACAUUUGCGCAUGUCGCUUUGGAUUUAUCUCUUCUUGUUGCCGUUCCAAGUCUUUGACUCCUUCCACUACCUGACAAUUCCGGCCACAGCCUUUGCAUCCUUCCUCCUUCUCGGAUUCCUUGAAAUUGGUUCUGAGAUUGAAAAUCCUUUUAACUACGACCUUAAUGACCUUGACCUCGACUCAUUCUGCCUGGCUAUACAACGAGAAUUACAGGAGAUUACGGCUCACCCCCUUCCGGACCCUGCCAGCUUCGUCUUCACCCCGUGGAACCAACCGUUCGCUCCUGGUGACCGUCGCACCGCCGCAGAACUUUGCAAGGGUCAGACGGAUGGCUUGGAAAAUAUUAAGCAGACGCUGCUGCGCAGUUGGAGGCAUACCGAUGAUCUAACAAGGGAGGCACAUUAG